AUGGCGGCGCCAUACUUGAUGGAAAUUGCUGCUGCAGCGGCUCCAGCUCCAUCUACGAAUUCGACAAGAAUGGUGGUUCUCAUGGGUGGCCCUAUCGCAGCCGGCCAUAUCGAUGUGAGUGGCUGUGGGCUCCAGUCCAGGGGAUGGGUCUUUCAGGAGGGCCUCUGCUCCCCUCGUGGUCUCUAUAUCAGCCGCCGGCACGGCUUGUGGUGGGAUUGCCGCACCAUGGUCGAUGCGAUUGACGCGUCUGAGCCCAUUAUGACGGGGGAUACUGACCAUGCAUUCAACCCACGCACCCUAAGGCGGUCGUUCCCUCAGGCCGAGCCUCCGGCCAACUCUCUCCACCAAAACCUCUCCUUCAACUGGUAUGACUGGAUAAUGAGCUAUACAUUGAGAAACCUCACGCGCCAACCAGAUCGGCUCCCUGCCGUCGCGGGCUUAGCCUCUUAUGCUUUCUCGCUAUCGGGAAUGACCUAUGCAGCCGGAUUGUGGAAGGAGGAUAUUCUGAGGGGAUUGACGUGGCGUAGAGGAAAUUCGGGCUACGCUGAGCGAGCACCAGGAAACGCGCCUACCUGGAGCUGGGCCUCGGUCACCGGGCCUAUCCACUAUGAUGAGUUCUUUACGAUGCGUGUCGACCACCGUGGGGAGAUCAAGAAGCGUCCCAAGCUCGACCUUGAGAUCACGGGUACGACCAUUCACGAAGUGAGGCCAGGCACAUUUGGGAAUGUCCAAGGCGGCGAAAUCGAGGCCACUGGCAUCCUAAGGAACGCCGCGACGAUGCUAGUGGGAACUGGCUUGAGUGCAGACUGGUAUCUUGAUCUGCAGCCUGCGGGAGAAGAAAACCAAUUCCUCGAAAGCUGCCAGGUGCUUCGACUCGCGAUGGCCUACCGAAAUAAGCAGAACAGUAAGCCCCAGGUCUACUUUCUUAUCGUCCGGAAGACAGGCGAGGGUGUAAAUGAAUACCAGCGUGUCGGCCGAGGUUACAUCGAGUUAAGAGGACGCCCAUCGCCCAAAUCAGAGCUUCCAGAGCAAGGCAUAUGGGAGCAGGCCGAGAGGGUCACAUUAACUCUUGUUUAA